AUGAUUCUGGACUUCGUGGCUCUGCAAAUUAUGGCAGCUUCCACAUCACAUUCUUCAGCUACACAAAGUAUCACCAUGGGUUUCAAGAUAGCUAACGUCAAGAUGCGAGAGGAGAUUAUCUGUAGUACCGUCUCUAAAUUCAAGAAACUGAGGACUCUGAUGAUCACAUAUUGUAUGCUGUGUGACACCGUACACCAGGCUAAUGACUUCAACUGCGAUCAGCUGAUGGCCGUUUUGUUCUCUUUAUUUGUUCACGUCACCAUUAGGUCCUACUUCUUCUUCAUACAUGUCAGAUCUGGUGACAUAGUUUCCUUGACUAGAGAUGCAGUGGGGGUCCUAAUUCUCAUCCGCUAUACGAUUCUGGCUGACAUGAUAUUUUCAAUGAUUUGCAAGCUGAUAAACAAAGAUAUGGAUCCGAAAUUCAGGAAUCAGCUGGAAUGUUUCCUUCUGCAGUUGCCUUACCACAACGCCAGAUUCUCUGCUCGCGACUUUUUCCGUAUCCACAAUCAGACACUCACAUCGAUGGCUGGAGCGGUGACAACUUACCUAGUGAUACUGAUCCAGUUCCAGACCGAGAACCAACCUACCUAG